AUGCUAACUUUGGCCACAGAAAAGCUCACCAAUGGCGAUCAUGCAGGUGAAAAUGCUGAGGAAAACAAUGGAGGAGGUGUCUUCCAGAUCACAGUGAAAUUACCGCACGAGCCUUAUAAGAUUCAGGUGAUGGUUUCAAGCCAAGAACAAGUGCAAGAUCUUCGCCAGUCCAUCGUCGAGCUUCCCGGCACUUUUCAAUAUACGUGCUUCCAUCUCGAGUUUAAUGGACAGCGAAUCAAUGACUACAUCGAGCUGUCGGAGGUCAAGGAUCUCAAAGCCGAUUCUGAGGUCACCCUUGUCGAAGAUCCAUACACGGAGAAGGAGGCUCGUAUGCAUGUCGUUCGUAUCAGGGAGCUAAUCGGCGCUGCUGGUGACCGUGUCGAUAACUUGCAAGGUCUCUCUACGGGCUUGUCGCUUCAUGACUCAGUCGCAAACGAGGUAGACAAGUCGGAAUCGGAGACUCAUCCCCUUACCGGCUACGACCCGAACGCUUCUGGAAGUUUUAAUACAAUCUUACCUCGACCAGAAGAGCCUACCCCGAAAACGAUCAAGGCUAUUUCGCUUUCGCCAUGGAACCCCCCUCCCUACCACCUGCGACAGAAGGGCCACCUCCUCUACCUACAAGUAACCACUAACGAGGGUGAACAACACCAGAUCACGUCUCAUGUUUCUGGCUUCUACGCAAAUAAAUGCUCUAACAGCAAAUUUGAUCCUUUCCCCCGCCCGGCUCCCAAGAACCACAGCGCUCAUUCCUUGCUUACGUUAAUCUCACAAAUUUCGCCAUCUUUUGAGAGCAGCUUCCGUGCCUUGCAAGAGGCAAACAGUCAGCGUGAUCUCCUGACCACCUUCCCUUUCCAGAAUGCGAUCCCGAACAGCCCAUGGUUGGUGACACCCGCGGCAGCAUCUCUGAAUGCGCAUCAACCCGACGUGGCGCGGUCUCAGGAGAACUUGUUGAUUGCUGGCGUUGACAACUCAGAGACUCUUCGCGACUGGAAUGAAGAAUUCCAAUCCACCAAAGAGCUUCCCCGCGAGACCGUACAGGAUAGAGUCUUCCGGGAACGGUUGACUUCUAAGCUCUUUGCUGAUUAUAAUGAUGCUGCCGCUCGAGGAGCUGUAUUGGUUGCCAGAGGCGAAGUAGCUCCUUUGAAUCCCACUGAGGGUCGUGACGCCCAGAUAUUCGUCUAUAAUAAUAUAUUCUAUUCGUUUGGAGCGGACGGUGUUGGUACUUUCGCAUCCGAGGGAGGGGAUGAAGCCGCGCGCGUUGCGGUCGGAAAGGAUGUGUUGGGUAUUAAAGCAGUCAACCAACUGGAUAUUCCUGGUCUAUUCACACCAGGCACUGUUGUCGUCGACUAUCUUGGAAAACGUGUUGUCGGUCAAAGUAUUGUCCCAGGUAUUUUCAAGCAGCGAGAGCCUGGUGAACACCAGAUCGACUAUGGCGGCGUUGAAGGAAAAGAGGUGGUCGCUGAACAUCCUGACUUCGUCCCUGUCUUUGAGAAGCUUUCAAAAGCUUUACGAGUUAAGAAGCAUGCUGUUUGGGAUAAAGAAGGAAAACGCCACGAUCUUGAAGGCAGUGUUGAAACUAAAGGAUUACUCGGAACGGAUGGUCGGAAAUAUGUUCUCGAUCUGUACCGCAUUGCCCCUCUUGAUAUCUCUUGGGCAGAUGAAGAAAGUGAUCAUGAUGCCUAUCCUCAUCGCAUGUCCAUCCUGCGUCUUGAGUUAGUAGAGUCAUACUGGCGAUCAAAGAUGAGCCAGUACGUUAAGGAGGAGGUUGAAAAGCGACGAAGCAAGAAAGCAGAAGAGAAGGCAGCCAAGUCUGGUGCAGAAACCCAACCUGAAGAUGCCGAGAAAGCUGCAGAGGAGCAAGAGCGUGUAGAUAUCUCCGGUUUCGACCUUGCGCUUAACCCGGAUGUUUUCAGCGGUCAAGUUCCUCAGACGGAGGAAGAGAAGAAACAAUGGGCCGAGGACGAGCAGGAAGUCCGCAAUGCUUGUGAUUACCUGCGAUCACGAGUGCUCCCUGAACUUAUUCAAGAUCUGUACAACGGAGAUGUUGGCUUCCCAAUGGAUGGACAGUCGUUGAGCCAAUUGCUCCAUAAGCGUGGUAUCAAUAUCCGUUAUUUGGGCCACUUGGCAGGCUUGUCUCAGCAGAAAGGUCAUCGCUUGCAAUCAUUAACAACCUUGGUCAAUCAAGAAAUGAUUGCCCGCGCUUUCAAACACAUUGCUAAUCGUUAUCUCCGCUCACUACCCCCUCCAUUUGCUGCUUCGUGCGUUGCCCAUCUUUUGAACUGUCUCCUUGGGUCUGAUGUGAAUGCAAAACCUCAGGCAGAUAUUGAUGAGGCCUUACGCGAGAUCUACCCUGAGGCUGAUUUCACGUUUGAAAAGGUUACCUCUUCUAGCCUGCAUGCGGAGAUUGAGAAGCAGGUCAAGAUUAGAUACCGAUUCUCUCUUCCAUCUGAUUGGACUAGCUCUAUGAAGCACUUGCAGUUGCUGCGCGAUAUUUCCAUCAAGUUAGGCCUUCAACUUGCGGCUCGGGAAUUUGCUUUUACAAAGGCCCAAGUAUCAUCUCAACCUGCGGUGACGAACGGUGCGGAUGAGGCAAAACACGAGGAGACCAAUAGCAAAAAGAAGAAAAAGAAGGCUGCUGGUGACAAUGCCUCGCCAACGCGCUCGGCCGUCGCCAAGCCGGUUACCACUUUCGUGGCGGAUGAUAUUGUAAACAUUGUUCCGCUUAUUAAGGAUGCGGCUCCGCGAAGUGCUUUAGCCGAGGAAGCCCUUGAAGCGGGUCGCAUUUCUCUGAUGCAGAACCAGAAGCAGCUUGGCCAGGAACUGAUCCUAGAGUCGCUCUCUUUGCAUGAGCAGAUUUAUGGCAUCCUUCAUCCCGAGGUCGCCAAGUUGUAUCAUCAACUGUCGAUGUUGUAUUAUCAAACUGAUGAGAAGGAUGCUGCGGUUGAACUUGCACGCAAGGCCGUCAUUGUCACAGAACGCACACUGGGUGUUGACUCUGCAGACACUAUCUUGAGUUACCUGAACUUGAGUCUGUUCGAGCACGCUACGGGUAACACUAAGAUGGCUUUGGUGUAUGUUAAGCAUGCCAUGGAUCUCUGGAAGAUCAUCUAUGGUCCUAACCACCCCGACUCCAUCACCACCAUGAACAAUGCCGCAGUCAUGCUGCAACAUCUCAAGCAGUAUUCAGAUUCUCGGAAGUGGUUUGAGGCUUCCCUCACGGUCUGCGAGGAGUUGUUUGGCAGACAGUCCGUUAACACGGCAACUAUUCUAUUCCAGCUCGCGCAAGCCUUGGCCUUGGACCAGGACUCCAAGGCUGCUGUGAACCGUAUGCGUGAUGCUUAUAAUAUCUUCCUUGCCGAACUUGGCCCUGAAGAUCGUAACACCAAAGAAGCUGAAAGCUGGUUGGAGCAGCUCACACAGAAUGCCGUUUCUAUCGCAAAGCAUGCCAAGGAUAUUCAAGCGCGCCGACUUCGCAAAGUCAACCUCAGCACACGUGUCUCGUUGGGUACGAAACCCCAGCCACAAGUUGGCCAGUCAGCUUCAGGAGCCGCAGGCGGACAGAACGCUCCGGCUGCCACAUCACAGCUUGACACUCGAAGCAUCGAUGAACUCUUGAAAUUCAUUGAAGGCGGGGAGACUAGCACUCCGCGUGGCAAGCAAUCAAAGAGAGGAACGGCCAACCCCAAGCUCCGCGGCACGAAGCAAUCCAAAUGAGCCCUUAUUUCUUCUAAUUUUGUAAAAUACUAAAAUUCGCUUUGGUUUUUCGGUCUAAAUCAACUAUAUAAAGCAAUUGGGAUAACUUGCUUCGGGCGGUUGUAUGAUUUUCUCUUCUGUUCUAUUUGGGCUUUCUUUUCUUUUGUUCAAUGCAUGGCAUGUACUGGGUAAGAACCUCAUGAUUGGGCGGAAAAGAUAAUUGUAUGAUAUUGUACUAUUUAGAGCAUCUCAACUCUAUUUACCUUUCA